AUGAGGUUAACGAAGCUUUUGAAAGUUAAAAAGAAGAAUUUAAAAAGAAAGAAGAGAUUUUUAAGCGUUAAGAGGAAAGCAUUAGAGAAAGAGAUAUGGCAGUUCAAGCUGAUUUAAUUAAUUUUUGUAAGUUUCUUCAAGAGAACGAAGCGAAAAAAAAUAGGGCAGAAAAAAGAUUAUCAGAUGAAAAGAAAGCAAGGCAAUAAAAAGAAAAAGAGAUUUAAAUGCUAAAAUAAGAAUGUGAGGAGCUGUAGAGAUUAUCUGAGAAGUUUGAUAAAAAAUUAGGAACUCUUAAAAAAUAUGAGGAAUAUUUAGAUAAUGUUAUAAAAUCAGAAGAUCAAUAUUAAGAUGUUUAACAAAUUUUAACGCAAUACACUAAACUUACUUAAAGUUAUGACGAGCUCAAUAAAAAGCACAAAUAAAUGGAAAAAGAAUAUGAAAAAAUAAAAUAUGAAUCAAAUUAAUUUGAAAAAGAGUAAAAUCAAGAAAUUUUACAACUAAACAACGACAUUAAAGACUUAACUAAAAAACUUGAAGAUAAAAUAUUUGAAAGAAAUCAAAUACAAAGUAUUGUAGAAUCGAGCAGUAGUGAGGCAUCUAAAACAAACUUAACUUUAGGAAGAAUUCUUAUGGCAAUAGAUAACUUAUAUGAGCGCAGUAGGGAUGAUAAAAAGAAAACAAGAUAAGAAUAUUUGGACUUUAUAUAAGAUUAGAAUGAAAAUGAAAAGAAGAAGACAGAAUAAGAAAAUAAAAAUAAGAAAGAAAAUAAAAAAUAGUAAGAAGAGUAGGAAGAAAAAGAGCAAGAUGACUAUAACUAAAGAACCAAAAUAGCUGUUGCAAAAUUAAAAUUUGUAAGUUAAUAAUUAAAAUACUUUAGAAAUGUGCUAGAAAAAGUAAAAGAAGAAGCUAAAAAUCAAAAAUAAACUAAAUACAACUAUUGAAAAUACUAAUUAAUGCAAGAAUUAAUCAUGUGUUUUUUUUUAUUUCUUAAAAUUAUUUUUAUUAAAUUAAUUUAUCAAUACAAAAAAUACAUCCGAUUUAUUUUAUUUUUAAAACUAAUAUUACUCAAUUUUAUUAAAAUAAAUAGUGAUCUUAAAUAAUAAGUAUUAAUGCUGUUUAAAACAUUUUAACUUCAAAGCUUCUUUAUUUUUUUAUAAAAAUAUUACCAAUAAACCUAAAAUAUAAAAAAUAUUUUAAAUUUAUGUAAAUUAAAAUAAUAAAAUAUUGUUAAACUUAAAAAAAUACAAAAAUAUAAAGCAAAAUAGGAAAUAAAUUAUAAAUUUUUGA